AUCGCCAAACUCCACGACCGUUGUAGCCACACAAGCAUGCAAUUAGCGUGCCGAACUCUUUCGACCCAACAGCCAAUCGUUCGAUUCUAUUCGCGACACUUUUAAAUACGCGUCUCUUCAGACAGAGCGCAUCCCUCGCACCGACCAGCGCGGCCAUGACCUCCAAGUUCUGGCCAAAGCUCGCCCCUGGGCUGCGCCGUCUUCCGUCCGCCCCGACUCCCCGAUCCUCUGGCAUCAUCCUGCCUCUCACAACUCAGACUACAACUUCUCGUCCCUUACGAUGCCAUAGCACAUACUCGUCAGUCAACGCCCAAGAAGUCUCCCACUUCAAUGCGCUCGCGGCAGAGUGGUGGGAUCCGUACGGCUCCUCGCGCCUGCUGCACCUGAUGAAUCCUCUCCGCCACGACUUUAUCCGCGGAUGCUUGACCGUCUCUGGCACCGAACAAGCCGGCCUACGAUACCUCGACAUUGGUUGCGGCGGCGGCAUCUUUGCAGAGAGCGCCGCCAGACUCGACAGCACAACACACGUAACCGCCAUCGAUCCGACGCCGUCCGUCCUGGCGGUGGCAAAGGCACACGCUAAGCAAGACCCAGCCUUGCGUGGAAAGCUAUCCUACAAGCAGACAUCGAUUGAGAAUCUCGAGACACCAAAGGAAGGCGAAGGCUACGACGUUGUAUCGCUCUUUGAGGUUAUUGAGCACAUUGAUCGCCCCGAGGCGUUCCUCGACAGAGUACGGCCGUUUGUUAAGCCCGGCGGCUGGCUAGUCAUGAGCACGAUUGCACGGACGUGGAUGAGCUGGUUUACAACAAACUUGGUUGCGGAGGAUAUUCUGCACAUUGUUCCUCCCGGCACACAUGACUGGAACAAGUACAUCAAUGAGGACGAGCUAGCGACCUUCUUCAUGGGCAAAGGGUGGAAUAGCGCCCGAGUCAUGGGUGUAGUAUAUGUUCCUGGACUCGGUUGGAAAGAGGUCCAGGGCAGCGAAAAGGUGGGCAAUUACUUUUUCGCUAUCCGUCGAGACGCCGAGUAAAGCACGUUCAGUUGGAUGGAUGAUAGGCAGAUACUGAACCAGCGGAUGCCACUCCAGUAGGUGGGAUGUACCCGCCAAACUUUUGUAUAUACCUUGUACUAGUAUUUUGAAAAAUAUAAGAAAAAUAAAGCAUUAAUAUUUCCAA